UUUAUCUCUACCGUUACGAUAGAUCCAUCUUCAAUCUACCAAAGUCGAUGCUCAUACCUCGUUGAUGAGACAGGAGAGUGAGAGUGAUUUCUGCCUGAUCCCCGAUCGAAAUGGAUCCACCAGUACCCCUGUUUCGCUCGUACAUCCAUCCAUCCCCUCAUCACACAUACACAUCCGAGCAAGACGAGAUGUCUAAACUCCCAGGAUGACCGGUGCAAGUCCGGGUGCGGAGACACGCGAGCUAAUUCAAACAAGUUCAUUAAUUUUCCUUUCACUGAAGGCCUCGGAGUUGGUGCGACCCCACCACGAACUGCAAACUACAUCAUUCCCUCGUCACGCCAACACUUGAUCGCUCCAAUGUAAACUCUCAUUCCCAGUGCAUCGCCCAGCCGACAUGAACAUUCUCAUCACCGGAGCCGCCGGCUUCAUCGGCCAAUUGCUCGCCAAAGAACUCCUCAACGACCCCUCGUACCAACUCAUCCUCACCGACAUCAACGAACCUCCAAUUCCCACAGGCGUGAAAUAUCCCCAGAAUGCGCGCGCCGUGACCACCGACCUCCUCCGCGGGGCCGACUCCGUGGUCAACAAGUCCCUCGACGCCGUAUACGCCUUCCACGGGAUCAUGUCGUCCGGGUCCGAAGCGAACUUCGAGCUGGGGAUGAGCGUGAACGUCGACGCCACUCGCAACCUCCUCGAGAGCCUGCGCAAGACUUGCCCCGGGGUCCGUGUCAUCUACUCCUCCAGCCAAGCCGUCUACGGGCAACCGCUACCCGAAGUCGUCACGGACAGCGUCAUCCCGACGCCUCAGUCGUCCUACGGCGCAGAGAAAAUCAUCUGCGAGACGCUCGUCAACGAGUACACGCGCCGCGGGUUCAUCACGGGCUUUGUGCUUCGCUUUCCCACGAUCUCUGUGCGGCCGGGCCGUCCAACGGCUGCGGCGUCGUCGUUUCUGUCCGGCAUGAUCCGUGAGCCGCUGGACGGCGUGGAGUGCGUGAUUCCGGUGGAAGACCGGUCGUUCAAGUCGUGGCUGUGUUCACCGCGCACGCUGGUGCAUAAUUUGAUUCUCACGCUGGGAUUACCUGCGGAUGCAGUGCCACCUCAUAUCCGCCAGAUCAAUGUGCCGGGGAUCUGUGUCACGAUCCAGGAGAUGAUGGAUGCGUUGGAAGCGGUGGGCGGGAAGGACAAGCUGGCGUUUCUCAAGGAGAAGGAGGAUCCCUCGCUCAAAGCUAUCCUGGACUCGUGGCCGACUCGGUUCGAUAACGCGCAGGCGAUCUCGUUGGGAUUCAAGCGAGACGCGUCCUUCGAGCAGGCGGUUAGAGACUAUCGAGAGGAGAUGGCGCAAUGAAGUGGGAGUCCGUUAAGAGGUUGAUCUUGUUCAACCUUGGAAUUGUACAUAUGCCUUCGUUUCGACUUGCAUAUAGCACAUCAAUUGGGCAGUUUACAAUAGACACCAAAAUGGCACGAUAACCGA